AUGCGCUUCUCAUCCAUCAUAUCGGUCGCCAUCGCAGGCGCAACCAUCGCCGCGGCGCUACCAAUGGAUCUCACAAACUUCCUUCUCGUCACUACUUCGCAGGAGAAAAUUGGGGAGAAUAGUUCAGAGCUUAAGGCUGUAUCCGCCACAUCCCUCUUCGAUCCCUUCCAUCAACCCGCUCUCCUCUUGCGCCUCACAGGCCCGGGAUAUGGUUCCCUUCCCAAUUUCACUCUCACAGAUGGCACGCUUUCGACGAUUUCGGCGGCACCGUUCGGAAAUCAAAUGUAUCGGUAUAACAGCACGCGUGUCACAGCCGGUAGCGAGCUGCAGUUUCUCGCGUCGGUUCAGCCAACGGGCAAUAUCGAGUUGGACGCGGGAUAUUUAUUAACAGUAGAUGGUCAAAGAGAGGGUUGGACGAUUUGCGAGGGCGUGUUGGAUGCGGAGGUGUUGAGCUGGAUGGGGAAUGCGACAGACUGCACAAAGACGUAUGUGCAUGCUGUGUUGAAGGCGCCGUACUAG